GAAAACUCGCCUCCUUCCUCCCGUCGAAGGGUAAACUGAGCUAGAUCCGGAGGCGACCGCGCGAAGGCCAGACAGCACGAGAGACGCCUUGGGAGACGCGUGGUUCCCCUGGCCUGAUCGCUUAGUAACGCUCGAGCCACGGGAGGCGGUGGACGCGUGCCUGCUUGCGUGCUUGCUGCAUCGUAGUUUCUUGCACAACAACAACAGCAACAACAAAAGCCCUCCCAAACCGGCCUCCAUUCGGCGCUUCCCUGACCCUUCCAGCCAGGAGUGUUGUCUCCGCGAGAAGGUCCCACAGAACCCUCUUCGCGCAAAGAAUCCUCGUAGGAUGGGCGGCGAGGACGGCUCAGGUCCUCGGGGCUUCAGCAUCCUAGGGGCCAACACCGUGAGGAUCCUGCUGGGGACGUUGGUGGCCUUUAUCGCCCUCGUCCUCGUCAGCCUCGUCGUGUUCUGGUACCAAGGCUGCCCAAAGGGGGGAUUCCGGUGCCGCGACGGGGCGUGUCUUCCGAGGAACAGGUGGUGCGACAACGCGACCGACUGCCUCGACGGGGAGGACGAGAGCGCUGAAAACUGCUUGUUACCCCCAGGCCAAAGCCCCGAACUUAUAAUGGAGCUCCUCGACAGCAUGAGAAAGUGCGACCUGUGCGUGUGUCCGCGCUGGAGCAGCUUAGCGAACUGCGAGCCGCAGCCGAAGGAUAACACGAGCAUAGGCGAGUGCAAGACAAGGCAUGACGUCCUACCACGCCCCUUCCCUCGUCCCUUCUUCAGAAACCCUCGGAGUGACCGCCCAUUGACUUCCCCAGCCAAUCAUUUUGCCGCCCACGCCCCUCCUACCAAGGAGGGUGAACUUGGAGACUUUGACGAUAAGAGGGAACACAAAUCGUCGAGAAGUAGAGUGGGUCGACAACCUGCAGGUCCCUCAUCCUCCGGGCUUCGUCGCAGGAGAGGCUAUCCGGAGGGCGAGAUCGGCCUCAGAACCGUCUGGAAAUUCGAUCUUCCCCGAGUGAUGCAUUUCAAGGCCCUUCGUUCGUUCAAUGACGUGGAAGACAGUCAGAAUAAGGAAUAUGGUGACAUGGCGACCAAACCCACAAGGAGAAACAAGAACAAAAUUUAUGAAGGGCUGACGAGAACCAGGAAAUUUGCGACUCAGGACACAGCCAGCUCCCAGAAACUCACCUCGGAUCCAUUGGCAUGUGACACCCCUUUUGUGGACACAGCCCUUUGUGGCGGUGUCCUACAGGACGAAACCGACGCCAGACACAGCAUUUCUGGCACAGGGCCUCUCGGAAGUCUGUCUGUUUCCCAUGCCUUUCCAACGAACACAGGCAUUCCCAGUAACAACAACAUAAACAAAACUACCUUUAAAAAUAUGAUACAUAAACUUCCUCAAAUCCUUAAGACAACCCCACCAAAGAGCAUCCAUACCUUAGAAGCAUCGGCAUCAAGCCCCACUGCCCUGAACGAAGUGGGCAAAGCCAUCUCACGCGCAGGCCUCAAUAGCCAAAAGUUUGAACAUGGAAAGAAGCGAAUAACUGAGAAGAACGAGACCGGGUUCGCAGAAAAGCAGAACAGCGUGAGAUUUGACCCAGCGGGCGGCUCAUGCCCACCGUGGUCAAGACUCUGUCGGCCGAAGAAAAGAGAAAGGCGAUACCUCAGCUCGGGCGUGCCCCAGAUGGCCCACGGGCACGUAGGCGCUCGCAGCAAUCUAAAACCAUUUCCCAAGAGACGCCUCGAGGAUAGUCUGUACAACAUACUGCUUCGUCGGGGUCAAGGAACAGCCCUGCCGCCCCUGAAGGACUUGGAGGGCCCGCUGAUCCUCAACAUGAGACGAGUCGAGCACCACAACGAGACCCGAAGUGCGUACGACGCGGAGGAAGUGGUCGACCCCGAGAUCAACGACUGCUUCUGCGAGUAUAGUUCCCAGCUGAAGUGCCUGGGGAAGCGGAUCACCAGAAUCCCCAGCGGGGUCGUGGGGAACGUCACCUGGUUCAUCGUCAGGAUGAGUUCGGUCCGGCACCUCGACAUCGACGUCAUGGCUCAGUACCCAAGUCUCAGGAUCAUGUCACUGGAAGAGAAUCACCUGACCUCCAUCCCUCGCGGCGUUUUCUUUAACCAAAAUGUCCUCAAACACUUGUAUAUGUCCAAAAACCACAUAAAAUAUCUCCACAAGGAUAGCUGUCAAGGCCUACGGAGUUUGUUGACAUUUUUCCUCGACAAAAACGGUCUGGAGUUUGCAGAGUUGUCCUGUUUCAUGCACACGCCUUCGCUCGUGACGCUAAACCUGGCUUAUAACCGCCUGUCUCUCCGACGCCAGCGCUUCCCUCCGCUGCCCGGUCUGCGGCACGUGUUCCUCCACGACAACAAGAUAGCGAACAUCGACAACCUCUUUACCAACAUAACAUCCAUCACGACUUUACAGCUCAACAACAACAGGAUCCGUGUGAUUCGCUGCCAGGCCUUCAGCGCCCUGCAACACCUGCGGUCCGUAGACUUGUCCGGAAAUCCCCUGACCACGGUGCAGGACAUUUUCACGGGGCUGAAGGCUCUCCGCGUCCUGAACCUGAUGGACCUCGAACUUCAGGACAUCGACGAGCGGCACUUCUUGUCGAUGGUGGAGCUCAAAUUAGCGUAUUUCAAGACCUUUCGCUACUGCAGCUACGUGCCGCGGGUGCUUCAGUGUCUUCCUAGUACAGACGGCGUCUCGAACGGGCGUGACAUGAUGGGCUGGGUCGUCCUCCGCGCGGCCGUGUGGGUCGUCGCCGCCCUCACCCUCGCCGGGAACCUGGCUGUGAUUGGCUGCCGCGCCAUCUCGAAGGAGGACAACAAGAUACUGAAGCUCUUUAUCAAAAACCUGGCUGCCGCCGACCUGCUGAUGGGCGUGUACCUGGUGAUCCUGGGCGUGCAGGACCUCAAGACGCGAGGAUCCUUCCGGGAGGAGGCGCUGGCGUGGGCGUCCUCCUACACCUGCACCUUCACCGGGAUCCUGGGACUUGUGUCGUCCGAGACGUCAGUGUUCAUCCUGACCUUCAUGUCCCUCGAGCGGUACUUGUUCAUCCGGCAGCCCCUCGAAGCCCGCACGCUGUCGGAGAGGUCGGCUCGGGUCUGUUUGUUCUUCAUCUGGCUGACGUCGGUUUUCCUGGCCGUCUUUCCCGCCAUAUGGAUCAAAAGCUUCUACGAGAGCGGCGCCAUGUGUAUUCCUCUGCACGUGACCGAACCUUAUCUCGCUGGGUGGCAAUAUUCAGCCUUCAUAUUCUUAGGCAUCAAUACGCUCAGCAUGGCCGUGAUCCUGGGCGCCUACGCUGGCCUCUUCUUCAACAUCAUGGUGACCCGGACGUCGACGCCUCUCUCGGGCGGCGAGUCCAGGUUCGCUCUCCGUUUCUUCUUCAUCGUCAUCACCAACUGCGUGUGCUGGCUCCCCAUUGCGUGCGUCAAGGCGGCUGCGCUGGCGAACAUCGAGGUCCACUCUGGAGUGUACGCCUGGCUCGUGGUCCUCGUCCUGCCCAUCAACUCGGCCAUAAACCCGAUUUUGUACACUUUCUCGACGUCGAAGUUCCAGAGUCAGAUGUCGACGUUACGCUCCGUUUUCCGCGCGGCGCGCAACAGGCAAGAUUCGGCAACGGACACGGACGUCCUCCGGUACUCCUCGAGUCGCAGCUGGGGUAGCACGGCGCAGUACAUCGUGAACCACGCCCACCUGCCGCCCCUGCGCGCCCACAACGGCUCGCAGAACGGCCCUGCGGUUCUCAUUCGUGAGAGGGUCGACCGCCGCGCCUCCGCCCACGGGUUUUGUCAGCGGAGAUCGACAUGCGACAGCAGCUGUGGCCUCAAGGAUCCUUUGGCCAAAGACGCGCCGUCUUCCAACGGAAUAGCGUCUCCCGAGAAGGACCUGAGCCCCGGCCGGCACCUCACCCUCAGCGCGAAAGUGAGUCAGGUGAGGUCCGCUUCUCUACGAGAGAGGGCCAACGACGUCAGCACAAGUCCCGGCUCUAGAGGUCGCCUGCCCCUUUUCAAGCUGGAACUUGGAGGAAGGCGAACUCCCCCGAGCACUGAAGCCAGCUGCCGAGAGGCGGAGGGCGAACACACCCCGGCAGACGGUCAAGAAUACAAGGAUAUUUGUCUCGAGGCCCACCUUUCCAGCCACAAAACGCCACAGCCCAGGGAGAUUAUCGCGCCCCCGGAAUCGUCGUCGAACGUCGAGGGAGCGCCCAUCUACGUCGGCUGCUGCGCCACCUCGUCCUCGGAUAACCAAAAUGCCGACGUCCUGCGUUUGAAUCUGACACUCUGCUACAACUCAGACGCCACGCAGCCUCCACGUCGCACGAGUUCUUCUUCAGGAAUCAGACGCAACUCAGAUACGAAAUAUUCCCUCCCGUCGGCAAGGGCCAAGACCACGAGUGCGGCCCACACAGUGCCAGAGACUAACCAAACCCCAUGGCAUUCUCCUUUUCCUAUAGUGACGUCACUCGCGCCACUUCCAAGACGUUCAUCAUGGUCGGAAUUUUCGUCCUCAGUCUCCGCGUCCCGGGAUUAGCUUUCGUAAUGUGGUUGUGUGUUGCCUCUCCAGCUUAUGGUCCUCUGUUGAUGUAUGUAUUUAUAUGUAUGUGUUUGAGUAUGUUUUAUGUAUAUGCGAAAUGUCCCAGAGAAACAACGCUGGAUUCCUUUGUCAAAGAGACGUUCAGAAAGGGAAAAAGAUAACCUUGUGUUUAUUUUAUGCUGAUUCACGCAUACUCAAAAUGAGGAUAGAUGAUGGUAUCUUAAAUCCCUUUCCGUUUGGCAGUGUUUCAUCUGAUGUGCGUGUACCUGUUUACACUGUACUGUGCUUAGGUUUUUGUUAUAUAUGUAUGUGUAUAACAACAGUUUCAAAAUGUCCAUCAUCUCUAGUAUCGUUUUAUGAUGUCAUAAUUUCAUACAACGAAUUUUUUUAAUAAUGAUAUUUCUGUUGUGUGAUUUUUGUUUCUCAAUCAUCGUGUUUCAUUGUAGCUUCUACAAAACUGAUGAAAAUGUGCAUUAUAAUCAUAUCGAAUCAUAUAUUUUUAUAAUUUUCUUAUAUCAAAGGCAUUUUCCAUUAUCAGCCGGCCCUCUUUUUUAUGAAAAGCCAAUAUUAUACAAAUAUCUGUAUAGGAAGGGCUUAGUAAUCAUGUAAUGGUCAGUAAC